AAAAACUAUGACUUGAAAUAAGACAGACAAACCAAAAGACCAGCAAAACGUACUGUAAUAUUAGAUGCAAAACACAUUUCUUUGCAUGUCACGGUGUAGCUCUUGGUCAUAUUUAGAAUGACAAUUAGUUGGAGUUGCAGUGUAUUGGCUGUUUUUCAGUUAGACCGCUAGAGUUUCGGAAGGUCUCCAUUUUACACGGAGAUGUGGCAGCACCGUACAGUCUAUGGGCUGAGCCUAAACAAUCUAUGGGCUGAGCAGAUCGAGGAACAGGAAGUGUCCUAUUAUGGAAUAGUGGCUCUCACAUAAACUUCCGGUAGGGUGUGAGCUUGAAACGAAGGGUCUAUCUGGAAUUAAAAAGCUACUAUCGUACCUUUUUCAUUCCACUUUUUCAGAAGUGUUUUCAGAAAAAUGUCCAAGUCUUUGAAGAAGAUAGUGGAGGAGAGUCGGGACAAGAACCUCUCAGAGGUGGAUAUGUGCGACAGAGGCAUUUCGAACAUGCUGGACAUUCCAGGACUGUUCGCUCUGUCUAACAUCACUCAGCUGGUCCUCAGCCACAAUAAGCUCACAGCUGUGCCUGCUAACAUCUCUGAGCUGAAGAACCUAGAGGUUCUAAACAUGUUCAACAACCAGAUUGAAGAGCUGCCUACUCAGAUCAGCAGUCUUCAGAAGCUGAAACACCUCAACCUCGGUAUGAACCGUCUGAGCAGCUUGCCCAGAGGAUUUGGUUCGUUGCCAGCUUUGGAAGUGUUGGACCUUACCUACAACAACCUGACCCAGAACUCCCUGCCUGGAAACUUCUUCUACCUCACCACUCUUCGUGCACUCUAUCUGAGUGACAAUGACUUCGAGGUCCUGCCUGUUGACAUCGGGAAGCUGGCCAAGUUGCAAAUAUUGAGUCUGAGGGAUAAUGAUCUGAUCUCAUUGCCUAAGGAGAUCGGGGAGUUAGCUCAACUCAAAGAGCUUCACAUCCAGGGCAACAGACUGACCGUUCUGCCCCCUGAACUUGGUAAUCUGGAUCUGACUGGUCCUAAACAGGUGUUUAAAGCAGAGAAUAAUCCCUGGGUCACUCCCAUUGCAGACCAGUUCCAGCUGGGUGUCUCUCAUGUUUUUGAAUAUGUUCGCUCAGAGACCUAUAAGUAUCUCUAUGGCAGACACAUGCAGGCCAACCCAGAACCUCCAAAGAAGAGCAAUGAUAAAAGUAAGAAGAUAAGCCGUAAACCUCUGGCUGCCAAGAACAAGUGAGAAGACAGAGGAUGGAAAUGAAUGCUCGCUCAGCCAACCAACCUCCCUGCUUGUGCCUUUUUUUUCUGUUUUUUGUAUUAUAUGGAAAUUUAUCAAGUUUUUUUCUAAAUAUGUACUGUUGAAUACUGUUCUGACUGUAUUUCUCCAAAGGUGAGUACAGAUGGAUGUUUUUUCAACUCUUCUUAAAUGCUUGAGUCUUGGUGCUAAAAAAAAAAAAGACAUUUGCUUAAAAUGCUGUUGGCCCCAGAUGGUAAAGAGAGGUAUUGUAACUUCAAAUUUUAUAUUAGUAUCAAGAAGCCCUGCAAGGCAACGCUGGUGACACUGUUAAACUGCAAUGAUAUCGAAAGGAACACUGAACACAGGGGAGUUCAGCUUCAUCCAGGAAGUCAUAUUUAUAAUGAUGUACAGUUAUUUUUAAUGUUUUACACAGUAUUUGAUAACAAAUACUUUGGAGAUUUACUUUAUUUACUCAGUUUAAUUACUAUAGUACCCCUCACUGUCUUGUUUCUGUAUUUCCUGAAUAGAGACUAUGACUCCCAAAUGUACCUCUCACUUUACCUUCAAUUCUACUUUCUCCUUGUGAAGUUAAUGUUUUAAAGUAUUGCCAAGUGUCAAUCACAUUUCAGCUUGUUGCAAAAAUGCAUGAGUGUAAUUUUAUCACAGGGCAAAAUAUACAGAAUGUUCAUUGUGCUGUCUGCAGUGAUUUCAAAUAAAACAAUCACAAUCUUC